CAGCGCUCACAGUCACUCGAUCAGUCGACCGGCAAAGUCAUCGGAGGCCGGUUGAACUCCCAUCGAAAGCGCGUGAUAACGCACACACACACACACACACUCACUCACUCAAUCACUCACACACUCAUACACACACACUCAUACCAAACUUACAAACACACACUUAAACACGACACACACACACACACAUGCUCACAAAUAUAUGUACACACACACGCACGACAUACGCGCGCGAACAGAAAUAUUCGCGAACGACGCGAUUAGUGCGCUCGUCAUACGCCGGCGACGUGUUAUACCGGUUUGUGAAAAAAAAAUAAUAAUUAUAAUAAUAAUAAAAAAAAUUUUUAUCGUUCCGUGUGUCCUCUCUAUCGAGUGCCGCCGUGUUACACGCACACUCCAGGCGCCAAAAUGAAUUCAUAUAGCUAAGAUUAGUACAAGUGCAAACAAAAUCGUGUUACAUUAUAUCCCUUUACAACCAAACUUCCGUGAUAUUUUAUUAGCCGGUACUAAUGGUGUUACGAAAAGGAAUUUCGCGAAGGACGAUAACUACUAACACACAGCUGUCUCAGACAUGGGAAGCGAGCACUACUGUCUCCGGUGGAACAAUCAUCAGAACAACCUACUGGGCGUAUUCAGUCAACUGCUCCAAGAAGAGUCCCUCGUGGACGUGACGCUCGCCUGUUCGGAAGAAGGCCGACUGAUCCGCGCCCACAAGGUCGUAUUAUCCGCGUGCAGCGCGUACUUCAAGGCACUGUUCCUGGACCACCCGACCCGGCACCCGAUCGUGGUGCUCAAAGACGUUCAGUUUUCUGAACUCCGCGACCUGGUCGAGUUUAUGUACCGGGGCGAGGUGAACGUAGACCACAGACAGCUGACCACCCUGCUGAAGACGGCCGAGAGCCUAAAGGUCAAGGGGCUGGCCGACAUGGCUCGCCCCAGUGACGGCGACGACGACACCGUCGGCGACCGCGUCGAGCUGGUGCCCGCCGAUCGGGAUGACGAGCCCAUGGAACCGGAAGACCUGCGGCCGUUGAGCCGGUGCCGGACGCCGGUGCCGGUCGAGAGCCGUACCCCGUCGCCGCCGCCCACCGAGAGCGACGACAACCUGUCGAUGCAAAGCGAACCCAGCGACAUGACCACUGUCUGCAGGCACGACGACCAACCGUCCCCGUCCGGUUCCGGUCUGCCGCCAGUUCAGCAAGUACCUUUGUUCUUGAAGAAAGAAGCUGACUGUGACAAGACUGACGACCGAAGCAUUCAAGGCGAAAGCUCUUCAGAAUACCGGAGUAUACCAGAUCCGGAAGUUUGCUUGGUGGAAGGGGUGUUCAACACGUUGGCCGCAUACAGGUCGCAAGUUUCCGUUCUACAACAAGGAUUUUCCGCUUUCAGUCGGUUCUCGACUCUGCCACCCGUUUACAAUACAGAAACGUCCGUGUCGCUGUACUCGGUGCUCCAACAACAAGGACUGAUCGGGCCGUGCGUGAGCUCCAGCGACGAGGUGGCCAGCCGGUGCCUGAUCCGGUGCGCCAUUUGCCUGGCGGGUUUCCCGUCCACGUGGCUGCUGGAACAGCACACGGCCCUGCAGCACACCGGGCAACCGGUGCGCGGUCACGGCGGCGACGGCGGCGACGAGAAACCGUUCCAGUGCGACCAGUGCGGCCAGAGUUACCGUUACCGUUCGGCCUAUCUCAAGCACCGCGAACAGAACCACAGGGCCCGCUUGCCGGCCGACAAGCUGUUCACGUGCGACAUAUGCGGCAUGCAGUUCAGGUAUCUCAAGUCGUUCAAAAAGCAUCGGCUCAACCACGCGCUGGAAAGGCUACAGCGAGACGUGCCGGCGGCGGUGACGGCGGCGCACAGCGACGACAGCCGAGACGUGCCGGCGACACCGACAGCCACCAAGUCGUCGGCGUCCGACAGCCAAGUGACCAGCACGAACGAAGUGGUGUCCGCAGCGACGUCGGCGGCCGCGCAGCAAAAAGCCGGUGACGCGGCCGUCACUUCGCCGCCGUCGCUGUUCAACAUGCUCAGAUCGAACGCUCAACGGACGGCCGCCGCCGCGGUGGCCGGGUCCACUCCGGUGUCCGUGAUCGCCGCGGCCGCUGCAGCCGUGACGACGGCCGCUGCCACUACCGCCACCAGCAACGGCAGUGGAAUUAACAACCACAGCAGCAACAACAACAACAACAACAACAACAACAACAAUAAUAACAACAACAGCCGAGACGCCAAAUCGUUCGCGUGCCCGUUCUGCGGCAAGUGCGUCCGAUCCAAGGAAAACCUAAAGCUGCACGUGCGCAAGCACACGGGCGAACGGCCGUUUGCGUGCUUGUUCUGCGGCCGCGCGUUCGGCGGCAAGAGCGAUCUGACCCGACAUCUGCGCAUCCACACCGGCGAGCGGCCGUACCACUGCGAGAUGUGCGGCAAGUGUUUCGCCAGGGCCGAUUACCUGUCCAAACACCUGACCACGCACAUACACAACAACCAUCAGCGUUGAACGCCUCCGCGCGACUAUAUUGAGUAUCAAUAUUGAUAGCUUCAUUAUUGGUAUAAUAAUAUUAUAUACCAUCGUCGUCGUGUAUAAAAUAUGACGUGUUGUUGUUGUCGUCGU